CAAAAACGAAAGCACAUGUUUUGCAACUGAAGUGACUCAAGCGAUAUAGCUUACAGCAUUUAGUGUGUUUAGAGUUCACCUCACACAUGGGAUGAUCAUACAAAUUUGGCAAAGGAAAAGUACGCGAUUCGGAAAUAAACAAAGUAUAAACGCGAUGUGUUGGCAGUGAAAUAAUGAAUUAGUGUUCGCUUUAUCUGGUGGCCGGUUCGAACCGGUUGAACGAUUUUUUUUAUAGACUGUGAUAGAGUGGGUUAACAUGUGUUACAUUUGGCAGCAGAAUUAAUUUGGGAUUAUGGCGCCAAAUGCUUCCGGUUUGGUUUACUGCGGCAGUUCUUCUGUAAUGGAAUAAUGAUAAGCUCGAUGGAACAACGAUGAAAAAAUAAAACGCAUCAAUAAAUCUUCAGUACGACAACGGGCAGCCUUAAGACAAAAGAGGAAAGUGCAUCCAAGUGGAAAUCCCGAUUGCCAUUUAUUCACUUACUGCCAGCUUUACCUUCACCACGAAGAAAGGUACCAAUUCGCAGAGCAACAACGCGCGUCAAUCCAAAUCCAAACAAGCUGGUGCUGAACCAAAUACGACGCGUGUUCGCGGCCUCGCCACUCUCAAGUCUCACCACAACCAGUCAGUAGUGUGUAGGUAGGUUAUCUCUCGGUUCGUCGCUGUGAGUGAUCUCGCGCCUCCUGGUCCAAACAACGACGACGGACCGCGCUUCUACGCUGAUGAUGAUGAUGGCGAUGAUGGCUGUGAUGAUUUGAGGAGCAGAGCAACAAAACUUGCCACGGUAGCCGCGUGGUGGAGAAUUUCGCGAGUUCUGUAUCAGCGUUCGGCGCGAGCGGUUGUCAAGGCUUGCAAUAGCCAAGUCACUCGGACAAUCAGUUAUUUAGUUAGUCAGUCAGUCAGUCAGUGUUUGCCUUGUUCUGCGGUUGGUUGUUACCUUGGGGGUGUUCCAUCCCCACGCAGCAUCCAACUAUUCCAGAAGUGUUUCAGCACUUGAACCAGGCGGGAUUCUUAGACCGUGUUUGUCACUCGUCGCGCCCGGACGCGAUCUCGGAAGUGCAGUGCAGCGAAACAAGUUUUAAGCGUUUGAGGAUAUCGGUUUGGAGUUUGAAAGUUGAAUCGACGACUACGGCGACAGUUGAGGACGCCGAGUUUUUUGGGUAGUUGGUCCUUGAAAGAUAGACUGGACGCCGAAUCUGCAGCACAAUGGCGAUCGAUCAUACACUGGAGGAGCUGAUGGGAAUGUUGGGCGACUUCGGUCGUUAUCAGGCAUUCCAAUUCGUGCUGCAUCUGCUGGCCGCCAUCACAGCUGGCCUCCACAUGCUCUCGCUGGUCACGGUGGCAGCCGUCCCGGAGCAUCGAUGUUUCAUCGAGGGCGUCGACUCGACGUCGUUCAACACCACCAGCUCGGUGCUGGACUACAAUGCGCUGGGAGAGUACAUUCCCCUGAACAAUGAUGGCGAACUGGAGUCGUGCUGGAUGUUCGAUGGAUCGAACAGGACCACCUGUACUUCCUAUGUGUACAACACCACCUACUACAAGUCAUCGCGAACGAUGGAGUGGGAUUUGGUGUGCGAUCGGAAGUGGAUGGGAGCUCUGGCGCAGACGGUUUACAUGCUGGGAGUGUUUACCGGAGCCGUAUGGCUGGGAGGUCUUGCCGAUAAGGUCGGUCGUAAGAAAGUAUUCUGCUGGUCGGGAUUGCUGCAACUGAUUCUGGGUGUUGCGGUGGCAUUUACCCCAGAGUACUACUCGUUCUUGGUGAUUCGUUAUCUGUAUGGAAUUUUCGGAAGCGCAGGAAGCUACAUCACUGGAUUCGUGCUCACCAUGGAACUGGUCGGCCCAAGCAAACGAACACCGUGCGGAAUCUCGUUCCAGGCAGCAUUCGCUGGUGGAAUUAUUUUGGUUGCAGCGUGGGGUGCUAUAAUCCACGAUCGAAUGCUUCUGCAAGUUAUCUAUGGACUGCACGGUGUCUUACUCAUCGCUCACUGGUGGGUCAUGGACGAAUCACCACGUUGGCUUUGGAUGCAGAAUCGGAAGCGCGAAGCUAUUGAUAUCAUUGCCAAGGCAGUCAAAAUGAACGGCCGAGGAUUGACCGUAGAUAAAGAAUAUUAUCUAUCCAAGGACAAAUCCAACUUCUCUAGCGAAGCUGCUUCGACGGCCUCCGCAGGCCUUACCGAUCUUUUCAAAACUCCCAAUCUUCGCAAAAUGACCCUGAAUGUGUGCCUCUGCUGGUUCGCUAAUUCUAUCACCUACUACGGUCUCUCUCUAAGCUCCGGAAAUCUCGGAGGAAAUCCAUUCCUAAUUCUCUUCCUGAUGGCCCUAGUCGAAAUGCCCAGCUACAUCACCAUCACUUUCCUUCUGGAUAAACUCGGCCGUCGAUCCAUUACCAGCACAUUGAUGUUGGCCGGCGGUAUCUGCUGUAUUGUUGCAACAUACCUGACGAAGGGAAGCAUUGAAUCUACCACCGUAGUAAUGUUUGGCAAGCUGUUCAUCGCUGGAUCAUUCGCCGUCAUAUACAACUACUCCGCCGAACUGUUCCCCACCGUGGUGCGCAACUCCGCUAUGGGUCUUGGAUCAAUGUGUGCCCGUCUGGCCGGGGCUUCCACACCCAUUAUCAUCCUGUUCCAGACGUUCGAUCCCAAGAUUCCCGCCGUUAUAUUCGGAGCUAUAUCACUCAUAUCGGGAACGUGGGUUCUAUUCCUACCGGAAACCAACGGUAAAGCGAUGCCACAGAGCUUGCAGGACGGUGAAAACUUUGGCCGAGGGGACACGGCAUUUGCCAGCUGUUUGGGACGUAACAAAACGCACAUAGAGGAUACGCCACCGGCACAGCAGAUGGUGCAGAUGCAGACAAUUGAACGAUAGAUUGCAGCGAGUGAGACAGGUACAGACGUGAUAAGAAGUUAUGAUUAGUGUUGAAAGUGUUUUAAUAUUUGAACGUUUCGCAUUGAAUGUUUUAAUGAAAGAAGAAUAGCCAAUUGAUGGUAAAACGAAAUGUUUGUAGCAAAGAAUCAGAAUGACGUAAUAUUACGUAUCUUGUGUAGUAUAACUGCCCGUAAAAAUCCAACUCAUAGUAAUAAUCUUGUUGAAAAGAUUAGAUAAAUUAGAUUUAUAUUUAAACGUAUGAAA